AUGAUAAAAUCGCCCAGAUUUACCCUCCGCCGCAAUUACUGCCCCGGUGUAGUCCGAUAUACUAGCAGCGAUGCACGAGACAGCCAAACCUUGGGCCUGCCCGACGGCCGCACUCUGGGAUUCGCUGAAUGUGGCCGACACGAUGGUUUUCCGUUGAUGUUCAUGCACGGUUAUCCUUCUUGUCGCCUUGAAACCCUGGGAUUGGACGAAUUAGCCCAUCGUCACCACCUUCGCAUAAUCACACCCGACCGUAACGGCUACGGCCUAACCACCUUCAAUCCAAACCUUCGUAUCUUGGAUUGGCCGGCUGAUAUCCAGGCACUUGCCCGUCAUCUUGAGCUAGAGCGCUUUGCUGUUCUGGGCGGCUCUGGGGGGAGCCCGUAUGCUCUGGCAUGCGCACAUCUUCUGCCUCACGAGAUGCUCUCCGGAGUGGGAAUUAUGGCUGGCGCAGGACCUUGGGAGGCUGGCGCGCAUCACAUGUCGCUUCCGUAUCGAAUCAGUGCCAUGACGGUACAUUAUUGGCCGUCGGGAUAUGGAGGGCUAUUGAAUCUGAUGAUCUGGAUGCUCAGACGAGCACUAUCCUCCCCAUCUGGAGUUUCCCGGGUGGAUAAGUGGCUGGAUGAGCGUAGCGAAAAGCUCGACUCUGAAAUUUCGACCAAAAGGCGAAGGGAAAUCCUUGCUCGCCAGGUACUCGAGGCGUUCCGCCAGGGCGCAGCCCCAGCUGUGCAUGAUGCGCAAUUGUUAACGUCGAGUUGGGGUAUCAAAUUCGAGGAUGUCACUUACAACAAAGUGCAAAUAUGGCACGGAACCCAGGAUGCGAAUGCACCAGUGCAAAUGAUGCGCUAUAUGGCUGAGCGCCUGCCUCAUUGUGAGCUCCAUGAGUUCGAAGGGGACACACAUUUCACGCUACAUCGUCAUCUGGAUCGGGUAUUGACGGAGCUGGUCCCAGAGCACUCUCGCACCAGCAUUGAUGUAUAG